GCUGGCUACUAGGAAAAUUCAGGUAGACAUGUGCAAUGCUUAUGAGUGUCAGGUUGUCGUCGGGAGCGGUUAGAAAUGUAUUAACAGUCGGCGAACGUCCUGCGUAUUUAAGGUUAAGAAGUACGAGGCAAGUCGUUAGCCAGUCUGAUUUAUCGCCGCACGUUUCGCAAAACAUUAAGCGUGAGAAGAUGCAAGAUUGUAGCAGUAUUCGACACGUAGCAGCCGAUAGGAAAUUUUACGACAUCGCUUCUACUUAUAAGCAACAAUUUGGCGAAGAUUGUAAGAGAAUUGAAGAUGAGAACGAUUUUCUUGACUACAUCUACCGGAACAUAGUCGGCCAGCCAACGUCUUUCGCAGGGCCGUACGGUCAUCGACAAGUGGUCUAUUGUGAUUACAUGGCUUCAGGAAAACCAUUACAGUUUAUUGAAGAUUUUAUUCAGAAAGAAGUAUUGCCUAUGUAUGGUAACACUCAUACAACAACGAGUGUAACUUCUCUACAAACAACUUUAUUUCGCCAUGAAGCAAGAGAUAUCAUCAGAAAUGCAGUGAAUGCAAGUGAACACGAUUCUGUAAUUUUUGUUGGAACUGGUUGUACCGGUGCAGUUCAUAAACUUAUCAGUGCAUUAAACCUACAAAAAUCUCCUAUUGUCUUUGUUGGUCCUUUUGAACAUCAUUCUAAUUUAUUACCAUGGAGAGAAUUAGGAGCACAGAUUGUUAGAAUCAAAGAGACAAAAGAUGGUUUACUUGAUUUACAUCAUUUAGAAACAGAAUUACAAAAAUAUCAGAAUUCUGAAAGAUCACUGAUUGGCACUUUUUCUGCUGCCUCCAAUAUUACUGGUAUAUUGACAGAUGAUAUAGAGGUGACUGCUUUGUUACAUAAAUAUAAUGCAUUAGCAUUUUGGGACUAUGCUGCAGCUGCACCAUAUGUUAAGAUUAACAUGAAUCCAGUAGUAACAGGACCACAUCAAGGCCUCGUAUAUAAAGAUGCCAUAUUUUUAUCCCCACACAAAUUUAUUGGUGGUCCUGAUACACCAGGUAUUCUGAUAGCAAAGAAAAAGCUAUUUAGUAAUCCCAUACCUUCAGGUGGUGGUGGUGGAGGAAGUGUAUUUUUUGUGACGAGAGAAACGCAUAGAUAUUUACAAGAAAUUGAAAUGCGAGAAGAAGGAGGCACACCAUCUAUUAUUGGUUCUAUCAGAGCAGGAAUGAUAUUUCAGUUAAAGGAAGCCAUCACAUCAGAAGUAAUUAUGAAAAAAGAACAUCAUUUUUGUAGUAAAGCAAUGUCUGCUUGGAAAAAGAUACCACAAUUAAUUAUUUUGGGAAAUUCAAAAGUGCCUCGUUUGCCAGUGUUUUCUUUUUCCAUCAUUCAUCCAGAAUCUGGACUAAUGCUUCAUCACAACUAUGUAAGCACAAUAUUAAAUGAUGUGUUUGGAAUACAGUCUAGAGGGGGAUGUGCUUGUGCUGGACCCUAUGCUCAAGACUUGUUAGGAAUUGAUGAAACUUUAGCAUUGCAUAUUGAAGAUCUUCUUGCUGAAGACAGAACAUUAGACCGAAUCCAUUUGAGAAGAUAUUUGGAAUAUUCUGAACGUGAAGUGCUUAGGCCUGGUUUCACAAGAUUAAAUUUUCCAUUUUUUAUUCCGGAUGAAGAAGCAGAUUUUAUAGUAGAAGCAGUUUCUAUAGUUGCAAAAGAGGGAUGGAAAUUACUUCCUCAGUAUAUUUUCAAUCCUGAAACUGGUGAAUGGAAACAUAGAAAUCAACAAGUAUUUAAAGAUAGAAAGUGGCUUGGUUCUAUUUCAUAUGAAAGUGGAAAAUUUCAUUUUACUCAACCCAAAGAAGUAUUAACCAAUCCUUUGCCAGCUAGUUACCAAGAAUGUUUAGAAAAAGCCAGAGAAAUUUUUUCUGCUGCUAAAAAAAUAGCUCAGCGAUAUCAAUUGUCCGAUCAAGAAGUAAUGUUUGAUGAUGAAGCUACUAAAUUAAGAUGGUUCCUUCUGCCUUCUGAAGCCAAAACUUUUGUUUUAGAGCAGAGACAUCAGUCACCAAGGAUUAUACCAUUUUGCCCCAAAAAUCACUUUACUACUGAAUUUGAUAAUGAGGUUCUGGAAGAACAAGAAAUAACAAUAUUACCAUUAAACAAUUACAAUGAUGAUGAUAAUGCCAUUUCAGUCAUUAAACAGAAUACUUUAAAUAAUUUGGACAAAAAUGAACAAUUGCAAAAUCAAAAUGAAAUUACAGAAACAAACAGAAAUGACACAGAUUCUGAAAUUACAGAUACAAACAGUAUCUGCCUAUGCAAAUAUAAUGAAAUCAGUGAAUCAAACAAAGAAAAUGAAAAAUGCAGUCUGAAUUAUCCUGCAAGUAAAAUACCAAAACCAGCAAAACUUUUAAAGAAUGAUACAAAAAUUCUUUGGCAUUCCCCUCCAAAAUCAAUAUUUAAACCAUUUCUAAAGGCAAUAUCAGAAUUUAAUAUGAUACAGUCAAAUGAUAAGAUUUUAGUUUGUUUGUCUGGUGGAAAAGAUUCAUUAUCAUUACUGCAUACACUACAUCAAUAUCAGUUUUAUAGCAAAAAAAAGGGUAUAAAUUUUGAAUUGGCAGCAGUCACAGUCGACCCCGGUAGUUCAGCUUACGAUCCUAGUCCCCUAAAGUCAUAUUUAGCAUCUUUAGGAGUUCCUUAUUAUUAUGAAGAACAAGCUAUAAUGAAACAAGCCAUUUCAAUGGAUGAAUGCACAUCAAUUUGUAGCUUUUGUAGUCGCAUGAAGAGAGGCCGUAUUUAUGCGACGGCAAGAAGAGGCGGUUUUAACGUCAUAGCUCUAGGCCAACAUUUAGAUGAUUUAACAGAGAGUUUUUUAAUGUCUGUAUUUCAUAAUGGAAGGCUCCGAACAAUGAAAGCACAUUAUACAAACAAAGAGAAAGAUAUUCGAAUAAUAAGACCAUUUGUUUACGUCAGAGAAAAAAAUCUUAGGAAAUUUGCCGAAGAAGUAAGUUUUCAAUUGAAAUUACUAUAUAUUUUACAUUUAUUUUUAUAUGUGGCUUUCCAUUUUACAAAUGAUAAUGUUUACAAGAUAACAUUAGACCGAAUCCAUUUGAGAAGAUAUUUGGAAUAUUCUGAACGUGAAGUGCUUAGGCCUGGUUUCACAAGAUUAAAUUUUCCAUUUUUUAUUCCGGAUGAAGAAGCAGAUUUUAUAGUAGNCUACAUCAAUAUCAGUUUUAUAGCAAAAAAAAGUUUUUCCAACAGAACAUUAGACCGAAUCCAUUUGAGAAGAUAUUUGGAAUAUUCUGAACGUGAAGUGCUUAGGCCUGGUUUCACAAGAUUAAAUUUUCCAUUUUUUAUUCCGGAUGAAGAAGCAGAUUUUAUAGUAGAAGCAGUUUCUAUAGUUGCAAAAGAGGGAUGGAAAUUACUUCCUCAGUAUAUUUUCAAUCCUGAAACUGGUGAAUGGAAACAUAGAAAUCAACAAGUAUUUAAAGAUAGAAAGUGGCUUGGUUCUAUUUCAUAUGAAAGUGGAAAAUUUCAUUUUACUCAACCCAAAGAAGUAUUAACCAAUCCUUUGCCAGCUAGUUACCAAGAAUGUUUAGAAAAAGCCAGAGAAAUUUUUUCUGCUGCUAAAAAAAUAGCUCAGCGAUAUCAAUUGUCCGAUCAAGAAGUAAUGUUUGAUGAUGAAGCUACUAAAUUAAGAUGGUUCCUUCUGCCUUCUGAAGCCAAAACUUUUGUUUUAGAGCAGAGACAUCAGUCACCAAGGAUUAUACCAUUUUGCCCCAAAAAUCACUUUACUACUGAAUUUGAUAAUGAGGUUCUGGAAGAACAAGAAAUAACAAUAUUACCAUUAAACAAUUACAAUGAUGAUGAUAAUGCCAUUUCAGUCAUUAAACAGAAUACUUUAAAUAAUUUGGACAAAAAUGAACAAUUGCAAAAUCAAAAUGAAAUUACAGAAACAAACAGAAAUGACACAGAUUCUGAAAUUACAGAUACAAACAGUAUCUGCCUAUGCAAAUAUAAUGAAAUCAGUGAAUCAAACAAAGAAAAUGAAAAAUGCAGUCUGAAUUAUCCUGCAAGUAAAAUACCAAAACCAGCAAAACUUUUAAAGAAUGAUACAAAAAUUCUUUGGCAUUCCCCUCCAAAAUCAAUAUUUAAACCAUUUCUAAAGGCAAUAUCAGAAUUUAAUAUGAUACAGUCAAAUGAUAAGAUUUUAGUUUGUUUGUCUGGUGGAAAAGAUUCAUUAUCAUUACUGCAUACACUACAUCAAUAUCAGUUUUAUAGCAAAAAAAAGGGUAUAAAUUUUGAAUUGGCAGCAGUCACAGUCGACCCCGGUAGUUCAGCUUACGAUCCUAGUCCCCUAAAGUCAUAUUUAGCAUCUUUAGGAGUUCCUUAUUAUUAUGAAGAACAAGCUAUAAUGAAACAAGCCAUUUCAAUGGAUGAAUGCACAUCAAUUUGUAGCUUUUGUAGUCGCAUGAAGAGAGGCCGUAUUUAUGCGACGGCAAGAAGAGGCGGUUUUAACGUCAUAGCUCUAGGCCAACAUUUAGAUGAUUUAACAGAGAGUUUUUUAAUGUCUGUAUUUCAUAAUGGAAGGCUCCGAACAAUGAAAGCACAUUAUACAAACAAAGAGAAAGAUAUUCGAAUAAUAAGACCAUUUGUUUACGUCAGAGAAAAAAAUCUUAGGAAAUUUGCCGAAGAAAGAAAAUUGCCUGUCAUUGCAGAGAAUUGUCCAGCAUGUUUUGAAGCACCUAAAGAGCGACAUCGCACGAAGCAACUUUUGGCAGCCCAAGAGAUAUUAUUUCCACGAUUAUAUUUAAAUCUGAAGUCGGCAAUGCAUCCUCUAAUGUCUAUAAACAGGACAGGUAUCGAAAGCAGCAAUUUAUUUUGGUAUGGGAAGGAGGGCGACACUUCGAGUGACAGCGAAUGAACAUAUUCACAUAUCUUAAAAAGAAUGUUAUAAAUAAAAUUUUAUAAAAUAGAUUUUCUAUUUAUUAAUCAAAAAACACAAUUUUUGAUCUUUGAAAUCACUAUUUUCCAGAAUCUACGCUUUCUCUGUACACUAUUUUGCACGGCCCUGGAAUGUUAAAUCUUAACAGUAUCAAUAUAAUUAUAUAAACAAACUUUUUUCAAUUUUUCAUUCUUUGCAAUUAAACAGAGAACUUAUAUGGAAAUCUUAUAGGUUAUAGUAAUGAAAAUUAACUGAUAACUUUAGGUCCAAAUUUUAUUUUAAAAAUUUAUCUUAUGAUAAUCUGACCCUAUUCCUAUUCAUCUGUCCAAUAAAUUAAAAUUUCAAAGUAUUCUUUAAUAAGGAAAAUUUAUACAUUAGUAAAGAUGUUUUACUUUAUGAACAUUUAUAUCUGCAAUGUUAAAUACUUUUAUCAGCUUUUAAUUCCUCCUCAGUUUUCAAUAAUAUCCCUCUAUCUUUGAGAAACUAUUUUGGUUUAGUUUAUAAGGUAAGCAAUUGAUUUUAGAAAUCCUGUCAAUGUCUUUGACAUGAAAAAUUAAUUUAAAAAUGCUAAAAUAAACAUUAUUAUUACAUAUAUUUACAGUCUAACCAAUGAAAGAUUCUUGAUACUCAUACUACUUGAAUGCUAGUAGGCUGACUAUAAACAUGCUUUUUUCAUUACUAUAAAGUGAAUUUGAAAAUUAAAAUGAUUGCUAGCAUUUGUGCAAUAUUUCUGUUUUGUUACAUAUAACAUUAUCAUUUUGAUUUAUUCACUUCAGUUUUUAAAUUGUACAGCAAGGAAAUUUGUUUUAUAUUAACUAAUUAAGAUAAUGUUUCAUAUACAAUUAGUUGUUAUUAAAUAAUUUAAAUUGUAUACAAUGUUACAAGACAAUAAAAUAAAUUUUUCCCUAACAUUUCUUAAACAGUAAUUGGAUGAACAAUACAGAACUACAGAAUUUUAUUAUGUAAAUGAAUUCUAUGGUUACUUCAUAUUUUUACCAUUUAAAGAAGCACUUCUGCCAAAACCACACAAACCAAAAAAUAUUCAGCAGAACCAAACUUUAUUUAAUAAACUAAAUUUAUGUUUGUUCUUGCUUGAUAAUCAAUGAAAGAUAUGCUUCCAAAAAUAAGGUUAGUUCUCUACAGUGAAUAAGAACUGAGUAAUCAACCUUUGAUUCUGUUAUUGAAGCUAAGAACAUUAAAAUUGAAAAA